UACUUACUUCGACAGUGGUUGUCAAUUGAGAAACCGUUAUCUAAAAUGGAUUUCGAUGUUAACGGUACAUUACCAACGUUUAAUGAGAGAUGCAACGAUAGUCAAGAUAUAAAAGAUUUCGAGAAUUCGAACGAAAUAUAAAGAGACAUAACCUACAAAUUCACUCGUCCUAUUUAUACAGGGCAUUUCCGAUUAAUUAGUCAUAGAGAUUCCGUUUGAUCAGCUAAAAUGUUGGAGGGACUUGUAGCUUGGGUGCUGAACAAUUAUCUCGGCAAGUAUGUGGAAAAUCUGAAUACGGAUCAGCUGAGCAUAGCUCUGUUAUCAGGGGAAGUCGAAUUAGAGAAUCUGCCCUUGAGACGAGAAGCUCUACGUCAUAUUGGACUACCAGUAGAGAUCAAGGCUGGAUUUAUCGGUAAAAUUAGACUGCAAGUACCAGUUAGACAAAUAAGGACUGCGUCAUGGGUGAUAGGUAUGGAGCAGCUUUAUCUGGUAGCGGGUCCGAUUAAUCUGGAUGAGUAUGACAGUGAGGCGGAGGAACAAGCGAUACUGGAGUACAAGCUCAGUCGAUUAGACGCUUUGGAAGCAAGAUGGAGAGCUGACGUAGACCAUGAUCCUGGUUAUUACGCCACAAGUUACAGUUCGUGGGUCAACUAUGGCACGUCUCUGAUGACAAAUAUCAUUGAAAAUUUACAGUUGAACAUCAAGGAUGUUCACAUUAGGUAUGAAGAUGGUGUUACACUACCCGGUGAUAACGGUAUCGCGCUUGGUAUUACAAUCGGAGCGCUCACUGCUCAAAGUUGCGACGCCAGUUGGAUACCUGGUUCCACAUCUUGGAACCUAACGGACGCCUCUUUUAAAUUAAUGGAACUCGACAGUCUUGCGAUUUAUUGGAACCAUGUGAAGAAGGACCAACUCUUUAGCGGUCUCAAUCUCGGCGAUUUAGCUAUCGCCAUGAGCAAAUUGAGAAACGGCACGAAAACACACAUUUUAUCACCGGUGAACGCGAGAGCGCACGUUAAAAGAGACCGAACCGAACGUCCGUUGAGAUCCAUCAAUAAGCCGCGUAUGGUGGUGGAUUUACUUCUGGACGAAGUGCCGUUGUCCGUAACAGACGUUCAAUACGAAGAGAUGGUAAAGUGUGUGAAGGAACUCGAGCGGAUAGAUCGUCGCAAGCAACAGCGGCGGUGCAGACCCAAAGUGUCCGUGAGGGAGGAUUGCACGGAAUGGUGGAGGUACGCGGCUCGGUGUCACCUCGGCAGAGAGACGCUCAAGCCGAGACCGUCGUGGAAAGUCGUGCUACUCAAAGCCGAAGAGAAUGUUCUUUACGUUCAAGCGUACGCGAAAUUGUUAGGUACGCCCACCUCGAGCCUGCCGGCGGAAACGAAAAGGCUGAAGGAGAAGGUCGAGUGCGAGCGGAGUUUCGACGAGCUGAGAAUAUUGAGGGAAGUGGCGAUGCGCAAGACAAGACCCGCAGCGUCGCAGGAGCAGCCGAACGAGAGCGUGCCGCAAGGGCGCGGUAUGCUCGAACAGUGGUUCCCGCAAUGGUGGGGCUGGUACUCGAAGACGCCUCACAGCAACACGCAGAACGCCACGUCGACCACCACCUUCGACGGCGAGCUUCUCGACGUGCUGGCGGACACGGUGGACGACGACACUCUGCUGCGUCGCGACACGGUGUUCGGACAAUUCAAUUUCGCUCUGGUGCAAGGUGCGAUAUCGUUGUGCACCGAGCGGAACGGCACGAGGACCGUGAUAGAACUCAAGUUCGAGAAGGUGAAUUUGAGUUACGAGUCACGGCCCAGGUUCGGAUCGCACAGAUUCUCGAUCAGUCUGGGCGCGUUGUAUCUUCACGAUUUUCUCACGGAAAAUUCCAUGUUUCCCAUCCUGGUGCAGCCGCAGGUCGCGUCCAGCGUCGCGAUGCGCGCGCGCAAGGAGAGGCCGAAGAAACAACAACAGACGUCGCCGCUGCAUCUGUUCGAGCUGACAUACGAGAAGAAACCGUUGCACGUCAACACGGACCACUUGCUGCACGUGUACUCCAAGUCGCUGGACGUUGUGUACAAUCCCACCGUGAUACACUGGCUGAUAGAGUUUAUGUGCAAACCGCUCCGGUCGUCGUCGAAUCAGCGGCUGCAGGCGAUGAAGCGCCGCACGCGGAAGCAGCUGAUGAAGAACUGGGAGCAGAUCCUGGACGGUGACUUUGUGUAUCGCUCCUCGUGGGAUCUGCGGUUCAAGAUUUCCGCGCCGCAGAUCCUUUUGGUGGAGAGCUUCGUCGACAGCAACGCGGCCAUAGUGAUAGUCGACCUGGGCAAGUUGCACCUGUCGAACGACGCGAAUCUGACGAAUCAGGCGACGCUGAGAACCGACGAGUCGACCGACGACGACGACGACGAGGAGAGGGAGGAGAGAUUCGAGACGCCGUGCUCGACUCCGCCCGGCAGUCAGGAGAACGGCUCGCUGCACGACUUCCAAGGCCUGUCCGAGACGGAAUUGCACAAGAAACUGUACGACCAGUACUCCAUCGACCUGGUGGACCUGCAGAUCCUGGUGGUACGGGCGAAGGACAAUUGGAAGUACGUUCGCACCAGAGGCAUGUCCACGCUGCACCUGCUGGAGCGCUUCAACAUAUCGUUGCAAAUCGAGCGACGGGUCUUCGUCACCUCGGACCCGAACUUCCCGUCGGUCACGGUGUCCGGUAACCUGCCGAGGCUGGUGGUCCACGUGAACGAGUACAAGGUGGGCGCGAUGCGACUCAUAUACAACCUGCUGUCGAAUUUCUCCGGUUCUCCGGCGGAAAGCGGCGCGGUGAGCGCGGAGCCCGAGAGCCCGCGGAAGGAGGACCCGCGUUCGUUGAGCCACGCGGUGAUGGUGCAGUUCAUCAUCGAUCAGAUGACCUUCGAGCUGCAGUCGCGAGGUCGCAGCGUGGCGGAGCUGCAGGUGUCCGGCGUGCGCGCGGCCCUCAGCAAGAGAAUGGCGGACCUGAGCGUCUCCCUCUCCGUCCACGGACUGCUUCUGGUCGAUGCGAUUCAGGUGCUGGGCCCGGACUUCGAACUGCUGAUGGCCAGUCACAAGCACGUCGGCAUGGACAGCGUUUCCGGCAGCCUGAGAGACUCGGAGCCGACGUCGCCGGUGUCGCCGGCGGAAUCGGCCGAGUCGCCCCGGCUGACCUCGCCCGUCGCCCUCACCGACGCCCUGUCCAGCUUGGCGCGCAAUUCGCUCGUCGAGAAAUUCGACUCGGAGGCGCUGAUCGUCGUCGAACUGACACUGGUGGACGAUCCCGCGGAGAGUCUGCGAAUGGCGAACAUACAGUUCAACAAUCUCGACAUCACGGCCAAUCAGGAGACGAUAGUGGAGCUGAUGGGCUUCUUCCGGCGGAUCCUGCCGUUGCGGUCGGCGCGCGUCGAGAGGCGCGACUCGCAGUCAGAGGGGAGUCAGAGCGCGCUCGGGACCAGGCGGACCGAGAUCACCUUCGACUUUCAUCGGCUGAACGUGCUGCUGCUGCGCGCGGUGAUGCAAGGCGACAGCCUGGUGGGCCAGAAGAUCGCCACGGCGACGAUGUCGGACGCGCGCAUACAGGCGACGCUCGCCGCCGACACCUCGAUCUCGGGCUCCCUCGGCGGGGUGCAGAUAUUCGACCAGACGCCGACCGGCAAGACGCAUCAGCGGAUACUGAGCGUCGGCAGGGAUCCGCUGGCGGAUCCGCCGCAUCAUCCGCUGGAGCACUCGUCCGAGCAGCCGGAGGCCUUCCGAUUCGUCGCCAGCCGCAGGCAGCCGGCGGAGACCACCGUGGUGGUGGAGCUGACGAUACGCGUGGCCAGCGUCUGGUACACGCACGCGCCGCACCUAAUCUCCGAGCUGCGCUCCUGCGCCGACGAGUUCAAGCAGUACCUGAGGAACUUGGCGCGGCAGAUCAGCGCCGCCGCGACCGACAUGGCGAUCGGCCUGGUGAACGCGGCCGAGGACUGGACGCCGCGGAAAAGCGACCUGGAGGCGGUGGUCGCCUCGCUGCGGCUCGACGUGCUGCUGGAGAGCCCGGUGCUGGUGAUACCGCGCUCCUCCCACAGCCGGCAGGUGUUCGUCGCUCACCUGGGCACGAUGUCGCUGCGGCACGAGCCCGAGCCCGGGACGACGAAGGUGACGCUGGAGGUGCGCGACAUGAAUCUCUAUUCCGUCGAGGUGUCCGCGGGCCAGCUCGCUCGGAACAGCUCGCCGAUGAGGGUCGAGGAGAUGUACCGGUGCGGGGAGUCGGCCGAGCCGAUACUGCACGACACGAUGCUGAAGAUACUGGUGGAGAAGGAAGGGCGGAUCGUGCAGGUGCACGGGGCGGUGAUAACGCCGCUGAAGGUGUCGCUGUCGCGCGGCCAGUACGAGCAGUCGCUCGACACCAUCGACCGAUUGAGCGCCUCGGCCCUCCUCGGCCCCUCGGACCUUCCUCUCGCCUCGAGCCGCUCCCCCGAGAAGGACCUCUCCGUCAGGGUCUCGUUCGAGCUGCCGAUCCUGAGCGUCGAGCUGAAGCGGCAGCAGCCGCUGGUCGAGCUGUCGAUGCGCGACUUCGUCGUGAGGUACGAGAAGCUGGACGAGUCGACGGAGGUGCAGGUCGCGCUACGCUCCCUCCUCAUGGAGGACCUCCUGUGCCCGGUGGGCUCGCGGCAUCGCUUCAUGAUGCGGUCGUCGGCGCCGGCGCGCGCCAGGCUGCCCACCGGCGUCUCCAGGUCGUGCCCGGACCUCGCGUGCGCGCGACGCUACGCGAGGAACGGCAGCCUGCCGGACCGGCUGGAGGCCGACGCGCUCUACGGCGCGGUCCCGGCGCACUGGCGGCCGGCCGACACGCCGGACACGCCGCCGCCGGGCGCGGCCGCCAGCGAGGAGAACCUCGUGCUGGUGAGCGUCGCCGAGAAGGACCGGCGGAGAAUCGUCACGGUGGACUUCAACUGCCUGGACCUGGUGGUGAGCGUGGACUCGUGGAUGGUGGUGUUCGACUUCCUCGGGGUCGCGUGCAGCGAGGCGGCCGCGCGUCGCGCCGCGCCCGCCAGCAGGCCGGACGGCCUGCUGCGCUCCGAGACCGAGAUCGAGGUGAGGUCGCUGACGCUGGUGCUGCUGACGGGGGAGCGGGAGAUAGCGAAGGCGAACGUCUCGAACGCCAGCAUGUACGUGCUGGGCGCGAACGGCGAGACCUCGGUCCACGGCCAGCUGGGCUCGAUGUCGCUGCUGGACCUGACGCCGCACGGCCGCCGCUACCGCGAGCGCUUCCUCACGGCCGGCCGUAAGGCGCUCAACUUUCACUACUCGAGCUGCGCCGAAGACGCGCGGCUCAAGCUGGAGAUGUCGGCGGUGCACUACGUGCACACGCAGCGAUUCGUCGCCGAGCUGCACAUCUUCUUCGGCCGCUUCUCCCAGCUGUGGGGGGGCGUGAUGCGGCCCGGCGCGAACCGCACGCGGCUCUCCCUGGAGCUGCGGGCCGGCGCGCCCCUCAUCCUCCUGCCGGUGAGCUCCCGCUCCGACGAGCUCGUCCUGCUCGACCUGGGCGAGCUCACCGCGCGCAAUCGCUUCGACACCUCGUCGGACUGCGUGCUCGAGGUGAUGCUGCUCGAGCUGGUCAACAUGGACGUGUACGCGACGCGACGGCUCGAGUGCGACGACGCGGCGGACGCCGUCAGGGUCGGCGGUUUCCUCAUCGAGAAGAUGGGCUCCUCCUUGCUGACGGACAAGUGCCAGCUGAGGCUGCGCGUCGAGCGGAACCUGGACACCCACGUCAGCCGCGCGAUACCCGACCUGAGCGUGCACGGCGUACUCUCGACCAUGGACUGCGCCUUGGACCCCGCGCAGUACAUGCUGAUCCGCGGCCUCCUCUCUCACAACAUCGGCGAGAGCCUGGACGACCUGCGCCUCCUCGCUCGGCAGGCCCCGCUCGAGGAGGAGAAUUCCGGCGAGACGUGGACCAGAUCCUGCGUGACCCUCGAGCUGGUGAACGUGACGGUGAGGCUCCACCCCAGCCACAACAUCGCCGCGCUGGCCUGCGUCAACUUCAUCAAGUCGAGACUGACGCUGGACUCGCUGAGCGACGGCUCGCAGGACAUCGACUUGGUCUCGCAGGAGAUACUGGUGACGGACACGCGUUUCCAGAACGAGCCGGCGGACCGGCGGUGCAACGUCUUCACGCGCAUCCUGCAGCCGCUGAGGACCCCCUGCGCGGAGGGCCGCGUCCAGGCCGAGGUGCACCAUCGGAAGCGCGAGGCCUACGCGGCGACCACCGUACUGCUGCACAGCAUGCGGCUGACCGCGAUCCUCGACUGGUGGGAGGCCGUGCGAGACUUCCUGCUGCUCGAUUCACCGGAACCCGCGCGGACGGUCGUCUCGCAGGAACCCGGCCUGCCGAUCGUGCUCAAGAUCAACAUCACGGGCUCGGAACUGGUGAUCGUCGAGGACACCUCGGUCCUCGACACCAACGCCGUCAUACUCAAGACCACCGCCGUCCUGUCGUAUCGCUCCACGCCCCAGGAGGGCGAGAAGCCGCUCUCCUGCAACCUCUCGCAGUGCGAGCUCUUCUCCUGCGUCCUCGGCAUGGAGAACGAGACCGCUCUCUCGAUCAUCGACCCGGUCGGGGCGAGUCUCGACCUCACGCGGGACGAGUGCCUGGAGGUCCAGCUGCAGCCGCUCUGCGUCAGACUGAGCUACCACGACGUGACCAUGUUCUCCAGGAUGCUGAGCUCCGUCCCCAAGCAGACCUCCUGGGCUAAACGGAGGUCGAGCGCCGACAGCCGGGUGUCGAAGCUCACCACUCUCGGCUUCACCGAGGUCGAUUGCAGAACCGCGCUGGACCGCUGCGACGGCCAGCUGGACGACGCUGCCCUGUGGCUGACGCAAAACGCCGAGCCGAGUUCCGAAGCCGCGACCAACCUCUUCCGCGCGCUCGAGCUCCAAGCGUCCUGCGUGCGAAUCUGCGUCAUAGACGACUGUCGGGACGCGGACGUGCCGCUGCUGGAGAUCACGCUGACGGACUUCAGCCUGCGCCAGGUGAAUCGCCAGCCCGGCGUGCUGUCGGCCACCUUCGGCGUCGAUUACUACAAUCGAGUGCUCAGCGGCUGGGAGCCGUUCAUCGAGCCCUGGCGCGCGAGCAUUCAGUGGGAGCAGGCGAUCGACAGGCUGUACGUGGCCAUCGAUUCCCAGGAUUCCGUCGAUCUCAACGUCACUCUGACCUUGGUCGAGCUCGUGCAGCUGGUCAAGCACAACUGGACGCAGGAUUAUUAUCUGUCCGACGGCCCGGCCAAGUUGCAUCGGCGCCGUUCCCCCUUCGUACCUUUCGCCCUGAAGAACGACACCGGCUGCAGGCUCUGGUUCAAAACGUUCAUCGCAACCGCGGGCGAUGCGAUGGACACCGGGAGAAAUCAAACGAAGAGCUCCGUGCGUAAGGACGAUACGUGGAUGGAGGUGAUGCCGGGAGAUACCACGUCGUUCACGUUCGAAGGAAGGGGGAAGCUGAGGCACCACGAGACGCACACCGUCAGAAGACACCAGAUCGUGGUGCAGGUCGAGGGAUGGAAACCGGUCGAACCUGUAACCGUCGAUCGUGUCGGCAUAUACUUUCGGCACGCGAACGCCGACAUUGCCGAAUUUGAAAUGCUCUCGUCGAAAGCUAGACUCGUGUUUGCUGUGGAGCUGGAGGGAUCCGCCAGGAAAUUGGUCACCGUUAGAUCAGCUCUUCAAGUGGCCAACAAGUUGUCCCACGCCAUUGAGAUUAAGAUGGAGACAUCGUUGAAUCAAUUCGGAUACUUGAUACUGACAUCGGCCAACAUUGGGAAGAUGCAACUGCCUGCGCGAUCGGUCAUGUCCUUGCCUCUGUCGCAUAUCGGGGUGCAGAUGUGCUUCAAACCGCUCAUUCCGAACUCCCAGUUCCAAUAUUGCACGGAAUCGGUAAACUGGACGGUAGUCAAGAAACCGAUGGAAGUGAUGGAAAACCAUAUCACAUGUCGAACCAAUCAAAACAACGUAUUCAGAAUGUGCGUGGCGGUAAGACGAAACAAUUAUCCUGUCGACGGUACGCAAGUACUGCCAGGGCAUACAAUUACGGUGAUGGCUCCCAUAACGAUGACGAAUCUGUUGCCAUACGAGUUGACGUACGAGGCGAAUGCAGAAGGCGGUAGAAUCUCGCCGGGUUGCAGCGCGGAUCUGCACUGUUCCAACCUGGAAGAGCAAUUGGAGAUUAACAUUCAGCUGGACGGUUAUCCAGGAUCUGGAACGAUAAUAUUACCGCCAAACAGUUGUUCCUUUACCGCCCGUCUCAAACUACUGGAUUCCGCUAGCAGGAUACUCCAUUUGCAAGCGGCUGUGACCGUCGAGAAGGGUUCGGCCGUUCAAAUUAACGUCACCGCACCUUACUGGAUCAUAAACAAGACCGGUCUACCAUUGGUGUUCAGACAAGAAGGGGUUGGCAUCGAGGCAGCGGGACAAUUCGAGGAGCACGAGAAAGCGAGAAUGAUUGCGCCGUUGCUGUUUUCGUUCAGUGACGAGGAGGCCAGCAGAACCGUGUCGGUGAGAGUCGGCAUCGAGGUGCAUCCCCACGGAAUACCGCAGUGGUCUCAACACUUUUAUUUACAGCCCGGUAUCCACGUUCAACGUCUAAGAAUCAGUCUGCGCGACGGGAGACCCGAUAUAGUCUAUUUGAUUAGCGUGGCCAUUCGCGGGGCAAGAGGAAGGUACGGGGCUACCACAGUCGUCACGCUUUCACCAAGAUACCAAUUUCACAAUAAGUCAUCUUAUACCUUACAGCUGGCCCAGAAAUGUUUCACAACGACCGUGUCUCACCCGGAUGCCCAGGCGACGUAUAUCACGAUUAUGCCCGACUGCCACAUGCCGUUCCAUUGGCCACGGCUGGACAAAGACCUGUUGCUUUGCGUCAGGAUUACCGACGUUCGGGAUUGCAUGUGGUCGGGCGGUAUCAAAUUGGACAACAAUUAUUCCCUGACUAUCAACGUCAGGGAUGUAACGGGGAAGAUGCAUUUUCUGCGAGUGGAUGUGGUGUUGCAAGAGACCACGUAUUUCAUCGUGUUCACCGACGCUGACACGAUGCCGCCGCCUAUAAGAGUGGACAAUUUCUCGGCGGUUCCUUUAAUCGUGAAUCAGAUUAAAGUUCCCGAUAGUCUGCAAUGGACUGUGAGACCACAUUCGUCGGUACCGUAUGCCCUGGACGAGCCCAUACAAACUGCCGGUUUAAUACUGACUGCACCGGGCGGUGCGACAGCUUCUUACAAUUUGAACGUACUCGGAGAGAGCAGGGGUCUGACUUACGAGAACUUUAUUUACAUUGCUUUUACAGGUACCUUCAAGACUGAUAACGAUCUUGGGACAGGUGAGAACGAUCUGGAUCCGCUCGACAUGGAGACCCAGAGAUUGGUUUUGGAAGCUGGCCCGGGUGGCUGGGUCGCCUUGCGUAGGAAACAAUACGGCGCUAGGUCGCAACUUUGGAGAAUGACCGGCGAUGGGCAGCUGCAACACGAAGGUUCCAGCCCGCCGAGGGACAAACAUUCCAGGGAUAUAAACACGAUAUACGUUUUGGACAUAGCGGGUACCGCUCCGCAACCGUUCACGUAUUGCGCACUCGCGCUGAGGAAGCCGGAUCCCAGACGAAGAUCGACGCAAACCUGGCGAUUCACCGACGACGGCCGACUCUGUUGUGUGCACAAGAAUAUGUGCGUUCAAUCGAAAGACGGCUUUAUGGGACUAUACGAAGGCGGCAGUGUUGCCCGUUGGCAAAUGUGGAGCGAAGCUGUACUGGGCCCUGAAACAUCUGGCAAUCCACCGCCGAUCGAGCAACGAGUGGGUAGACAAAAAUUACGGCCAGGUUCUGGAUUCUUGACGAUCAGAGUGACCACAGACGGCCCGACUCGAGUCCUGCAAGCUCUCGACAUUAAGGAAAGGAAUAAGAUGUUCGCCCUACUCGAGGAACGCGACUGGUGGCACAUUGCCGUGAGUCAUCGGCCCACGCAGAUCGACGCCGACGUGAAGAGGCUGGAUUCCCGUGAAUUAAAUCUCAAAUUGGAUCUGCCGGCCGGCCUCGGAUUGUCCAUCGUGUCGCAGAGACCAGUGGAGGAGUUGUUGUUCGCGCGUCUAGCCGAGAUCUCCCUGAAUCUCGUGCGGAGUCCGUUGAACACCACGCUAGAUCUGAGCGUUGCCGAUGUGCAAAUUGACAAUCAGCUGUUCGAGGCGCAAUGCACGUCGGUCUUGUUCGUCAGCCGACCGUCCCGUACGGAAGACGAGAUACGGCCCGCUUUGCAUAUCGCGGCGGAAAAGCUGCGAUCGAAGAAUCAGAACGCCGAGAUAUACAAGCAUGUUAUAGUCAGCGUCAAGCCUCUGUGCGUGCACUUGGAGGAGAAGUUUAUCUUGAAACUGGCGGCGUUCCUUGGGAUCGGCAAGUCGGAAUUGGAAGUGCCGGUCGACGAGAACGACUUUAAGGCGCAGAGAUUUAUCUCCGAGGUGUCAGCCGCACACGCCAAGAGAUAUUACUUUGGCGCGCUGGAACUCGUUCCUAAUCAGGUAAAACUUAGCGUACUCACCACGACCAAGUUGCCGCAACAUUUGCAGGCUGUGAAGAGGAAAUUGGGCCUGACCUUGAUCAAUUUUGAGAACGCCACUAUCGAGUUGAAGCCAUUUACCAAGGAGCAUCCUUUUGAGAGCAGCCAAUUCUUGAUGCAUUCUAUCGUGAAGCAUUACAAAGAUGAGUUGAUGUGCCAAGCUGCGGUUAUUCUGGGUUCCGUGGAUUUUCUGGGGAAUCCUCUCGGAUUCAUGAAUGACGUGACGGAAGGCGUUUCCGGGCUCAUCUACGAAGGCAGCGUGAAAACUUUGGUGAAGAACGUCACCCACGGCAUUUCCAACUCGGCGGCGAAGGUAACGGAAUCUCUGUCGGACGGAUUGGGAAGGGUGAUCAUGGACGAGAGGCACGAAGAGGCCAGGCAGAGGAUUCGGGCCAACACCACCGGCAGCAGCGAUCACUUGGUGGCUGGCCUAAAGGGUUUCGGCUUUGGUCUACUGGGUGGUGUCACCAGUAUAUUUAAACAGACCUACGACGGAGCGGCUAACGAAGGUUUCCCGGGCUUCUUCGCCGGCUUCGGAAAAGGUGUAGUAGGUACGAUAACGAAACCCGUAGUUGGCGUUUUAGAUCUGGCAACAGAGACGGCCAGUGCUGUACGAGAAACUAGCAGGAGUUCUCAUCGCGCUAUACCAAAACGCGACCGACCGCCGCGUGUCGUCAGCGGUUCCACUGGAUUGUUACCACCGUACAAUCGCCAACAGGCCGAAGGCCAGGAGUUUCUGUACAGCAUCAACGAUCGCGACUACUCCGAACUCUUCGUAGCGUACGAGUGUUUGCGCAGCGGCACGGAAAAUCUCAGAGUGCUCGUGUCGAACGAGAGGGUACGCGUCAUCUCCGGCGGCACGAAGGCGGUGGUGACGGAAGUCAGCCUGGCGAAUCUUUUGUGCUGUAAACCGAUGCAAAAAAUGGAAAGUAACAGCGUGACGUUGUAUUACAUAGAGAUGAUAUCUCUACACGACAGAUCCGAUAUUGCUGCCACGGUGAAUUCGGACGGACACGAAUUGUUGAGACGGCCCAAGGUGCGAUGCGACAAUGAAGAGGUGGCGAAACGCGUAUCGCGACAGAUCAGUUAUGCCAAAGGUAUGUACGAGGAACGCAGUCUGACCUUGUCAUCAUCGGAUAAUAUGUUGGACGACGUACAAUACUACAAGUAACGACGCGAUUCCGAUCGCGCGUCGAGAAUUCAAUCUCAUUUCUGAUACGUUUCUUUCGCGUACUAGUCAGGAUUUCAUUUCGCAAUGCACUAACGGUAAUACUUUAGUUACGAAUCUUAACGUUAAGUUACGAAAAGACUGAUAUGAUGUACCGUAACUCUCCGUGAGUUAAUCAUCGAGCGUGAUCGUAUAUUCUGAUUUCGCCUCUUAUAGUAAUUGUGGCACGGAAACUUUUGAUACGGAUCGAGAUAAGAAAUGUAAAAUAGAUAGUAAAUAGAUGUAGAAAAUGAUAUGAGAAACGUUUUUUUUAAAGAUGUACAUAUAUGCUGAUUACUUAACUUCGCGAACAUACGAUUUUAUGCAUAUACAGAGUGUCUUGGAGAGAAUCAUUAUUUUUUUUUUUUAUGAUAUAUAUAAUACUAUAUACAUUGUUUUUCUCGAUAAAAGUUCAAUAGAUUAUGGAGCAAGUAUUUGAUUUGUAACGCCGGACGUUUGGGAGUAAAUUUUAUCAUGAGAAAAUUGUUGUUGGCUUUAUCGCAAUUCAAUUUUUUCAUUACUUCAAAUCGAUGCAUCAUCGUCGAAUCUUUUUCCCUCAUAAUUGGAAUACGGUACUUCUAAGGCACUCUGUACAUGUAUUUGUGUACAUAUGUAUGAAAGUUGAUUUACUAUUCUAAACGAAAAACAAUUAUACUUAUGAGAAAAGCAAUUAAACCAAAGCUUUGUAUAGAAAUUACAGAGGAUAUUUCUUUCCGAUGUAUGUUUUCACUAACACACACAUUGUUACUUUAGUGAUUCACAUUUUUCGUUUUACAGUAGUCCAACGUGCUGUUUUGUACAAAAGUUCCUGCAUAUACAAAUGUAGCUUGUAACAAAAAUGUGUAAACUGUACAAAUAGAUCGAGUGUAGAGAAUCAGCUAUAUUUAAAUACUUUUGUAAAGCUGGUGUACGAUGCGAAAAUAACGUGUUUGUAAUAUAUCAUGUUGAUAUAUCGUUAAGCAAAUUAAUAAAUGUUACGUCCGUAAAAAUAGGACGUAAUAUGAAAAAUCUUCAUGUUGUGUUAUCGUGUACACAAUAUGUGUUAUUUUGUUAAAAAAUCCACACUGCAAAAUUCAGAGAUAGGAAAAGUUGUACAGAAUUACUUUAUCGGAUUUAGCAUAAAGUGGUGCAAAAAGAAAAUGCUAAGAACAUCGGAACGCAAUUACAGUCGGAUCAGUUCAGAUGCUCUACGGCUCAUUUCAUUGGCUACGAAGCAUCUGAAGAUAAGUUUAAGAGGAGUCUCGAUGGCGCACUGUGCUUGUUUUUGUACUAAAUUGCUUCCUGGGUGGAAAUACUGCGUUGAUUGAUAUUUUUCCAUCCAGCAAACAAUCCAGCACAAAAACAAACGUCGCUUUACUGAAAAAUUGAGGUCGUGGUACAACUCAACAGCAGGGUCAGCUGUCUAAAAAAGAAGUGUUUUUCAAGUAGUAGAACACGACGGAUGGUCAGCCGCAAUAUUCCCUUAUAUUGAAACACAAAAUUCAGCGGACUGUAACUUCCGCAAAAAUAACAGAAUGGUUGUUCAGAAAGCUCUUUGACGUCUUUACUUUUCAAGUAUAUCAAGUUUAUAAUGCUAUUAUUUAUUGCUAAGAUAUUUCAAGUUAUUUAUGUUUGUGAUACGUGCGAAAUAUCAGAUUACAAAUGGAGAAUCACGAUUACAUUGAGAAUCAAUCUCUCCUUUGGGAAUUAAAUAAAGGAAAUAUCGAAUUAUCUAAUAAGUUAAUAGUUUGUACCUUAUGUUUUAUUUAUCCGCAGUUCUACUAUCACAUGUAAAGUCCCAACAAUAAAAAUAUGUUUAUAACGUUGUAACAUUGCAAAUGGAUUAUAUGUGUGGUAUGUACAUGUUCAUAAAUAUUUGUAUAAAAAUAUGGGUUGCGAAAUAUUGCAUUGAAUUAGCUACUUUAUCAUCUAUCAUUGGGUAACUGUCUCAUCAUCUUCUCUUUCGACGAAUUUUGUUCUCCGAAUGUCGGUUCAUAGUUAUUAUUUAUUAUUCGCGUUACAUGAUGUACGAGAGCCACGAUACUUUUUCCAACAUCGGCAAUUUUUAACAAAGCAACAUAUUUCUCAAUGUGUUUAUAUUAUGUGUUUAUACUCGGGACAAAUGUCCCGAGUUUGAAGUAACAAGUCUGCAAAUACUUUGGUAUUCUUUCUGUCGGAGUAACGUGAAAAUCAAUCUUAUAAUAUGCUCUAUAUAUAUAUAUAUAUAUAUAUAUAUAUAUAUAAAAG